ACAGCACGAGUCGUAAAGAAUUCUACAAAAACAAAACCCUCCUUGCUUCCUCUCUCACCAACUCAGCUUCCCCCUCAACUUCCUCUGCGAUUUUCCCCUAAUUCAACUUAAAGACUUUUUCUCAUUUCAUUUUAAGGGCGAAGCUUGCUUUUUGUGGCGCUGAAGUUCUACGCCUUGAGGUACAAGAAUAUUUUGAAUUAAAUAUGUGAUGGUAUCUAUAUUUAAUCCGAGUGGUGUAGUUAUGUGGAAUUGGAGAUUUUAGAAGAAGAUGAGAGGAUUUCGCGUGGUGGCAUAUUGCUCCCAAUUGUCAAAGGCUGCUCGCUUAGUCCAUGCCAGUAGGCCUCUCUGCACGAAAACAUAUGACAGCAAGGCAACAGCAGUGAAGCCUGUGAGAGAUGAUGAUGCGUACCGGCAGCUUGAGAACCUCGAUUUCAUGACUGCUGCCAAAAUGCUUUUUACGGAUCCUUCAAAGAAAAAGGAAUUUGGGCUUGAUUUCCAUCUGGUCCAAUUCUUCUUUUGCUGCCUGCCUUCAGUGGCUGUAUAUAUGGUGGCACAGUAUGCUCGUUAUGAAAUCCGAAGGAUGGAGGAGGAAGCUGAGGUGAAAAAGAAAAAAGAUGAGAGAGAAGAGAAAGCUAAAGGGUUGGAAGUAAACGCCUCGAAAGAAAGUGAAGAGGCAGAGUCUACUGGCGAGCUACUCAAAGUAAAAGACAGACUAGAGGCAUUAGAGGAAGCAUUGAAAGAGAUAGUCUUAGAGAAGAAGAAACUGUCUUCACACUCAUCCGAAGAAAUUAACAAAAGUGAGAAGGUUGAAGCGACCAAAUCUGUUUCUGAGAAUAAAUUAAAUAAACGGCAAUGCAGCGGGCAAUUCUGAUCAACAAUCCAAGACACAUCCAUUGAGCCAUGCAACCGCUUCUAAGCCCGGACCUGAGAGAGGUAGGGAAGCUGCAGAAAAGAGUACCCAUCCCAAGUAGUUAAAGGACAAGAUAAUUAUUGCUAAAACCCUUUUGCCUUGGACACUUGCAACACUUUUUCCAGACAGGUCCAUAGACUUGGGGGAAUCCGGCCUUUCUAAUUUAUUUAUUUUUCCUUUUAGGUGAGCAGAUUAUUAUUUAGAAAAAUAGGAUGUUCAUUUUGCAUCCUGAGUGUUGUUUAGAAAAAUAGGAUAUUAGGACAAGUAGAGCUUGCGGGAUGUGAAAUUAUGAAUUUUGUUCAACUCUCUUCUCUUUGUGUAAAGUUAUGCGGUGUUGCAUUAUGUACGUUAACGAUUUUCUUUCUUUUACUACACUUCAUUAAUAAUAUAUAUUAUA